CAUUUAGUUUCCAUUUUUCACUGUUUCGAUCAACAUUGGGGUUAUCUCAUGAGUAUCGAAACGGUGUUGUGUGGUGCUAUUAUCGAAUAUAAGUGGUGAUCCUGGCCUUUGCAGAGAAUCGUUCUGACUUCGGUUCGGUGGAUUAUUAACAAUUCAACACAUUUGUCUAUAACCCGAGGAUUACGACAAAUACAGUAAAAGAUAGUAGUCGCGAAACAGUGAUAUGGCAUUUCUCACGGUACGACUGGUUGCUACUUGUGCAGCAAAAAAUGCAAACCAGAAUAUUACUUCCAGUUUUAAAAAGCUUUCGCUAGUAUCGUUGGAUCAGCAGCUUGUACCAAUGGCACAGUUUAGUGUGCUAGCCAGCGCGAAGAAACAUCACGCACCCCUGCAAAACCAGACUCUGCUGAAUGGUGCAACUCUUUCCAACCAAAAUGUCAAUAUGACAAUCCCGAAUCGAGAUUUUACGGUGCAGGAAAUUUCCCGGAGUCUCCAGCUGUAUUCGAAGCAGAAAAGGAAUGUCGAAAAAGAUCCAAAAACGCUCCAAUUAAAGGAUGGUUUUGACAAACCAACUGUGCUGAUGUUUGCAUGGCUUAAUGCUAAACAGAAACAUGUAGCCAAAUAUGCUAGCCUCUACACCGAUCAAGGGUUUGAGGUUGUAGUGUCUCAGUUGACCCCUUGGCAGCUGCUUUGGCCGGUGAAAGGUUCUCAGCUGGUGGCAACUGAUAUCGUUAAAUUUUUGAAGAACAACGAAUUUAGGAAUGGUUUAGUUUUUCAUGGGUUUUCGGUGGGUGGUUAUCUAUGGGGAGAAUGCUUGGUUCACAUCGCUCGAGAUCUGCAGAACUAUCAGAUCGUAUUAGACCGGGUCAAGGGACAAAUUUGGGACAGCGCUGCUGAUAUAACGGAGAUACCCGAAGGAGUUCCGCGAGCCUUGUUUCCAAGAAAUCCAACGCUACGAAAUGCAUUGAAAAAAUAUAUGAUUUACCACAUGAAAGCAUUUCAUGAACCAGCUACAUCACAUUAUAUUCGCUCUAGUCAGAUGUUUCACACGAACCUGUUGAGAUGUCCGGCUCUUUUCUUUGUUUCGAAAACCGACCCUGUAGGAACGGAGGAGGCCAACUGUAGAGUCAAGGACAGUUGGGAGUCUAAUGGAGUAAAGUGCACUUUCAAAUGUUGGGACCGAUCGCCUCACGUGGGUCAUUUUCGUAAACAUACCGAGGAGUAUACUGAACUAUUGUUUUCGCAUCUGCGUCAGCUGGAACUGGGUGGACACAAACAGGCAUUACGGGCGAAACUGUAAUGCUGCUUAGAAGACGUUCUGUGAUACUUAAAAACAAGUGGAAACAAAAAUAUCAUUGACUGUAACACGGAAAUCUGUUUUAAUUUUACGUUGUUUUUAAUUCUUGGUGUGAAUCUUUUAGCAAAUAGCACUGUAGUAUACAGUUUGGAAAAGUUUUGUGGAAUCCUCUAAUUGUUCAUACCAGAAUACUUGCCACAGUAACCAUACCCAGUUUGUGUUUUGUGCAAUUCAUCUAACUCCGAUUCUGAAAUUGCGAUGCAUGCCAAAAAAUAAACCAAUAAUCUAUCAGAUAUCAAGAUAUUAGUAGAACUUAAAUUGUUUUGCAACUUUUCAUAGUUGUUUUUCUACCUUUUUUAGCCUUUGUGCUUUAGUGCAUGUAAUAGGAGGACAUAUUUGCAUCGUCAAACCAAACAAUAUUGUAUCCACAUCAUAUAACAAUAACAGUACACAUGACCAUUAAGAUAGAAAUGGUAGAUAUUGCAAUCUUAUAUUUCAGUUCAAAAUUCAGCAAUAGUUCAUAUUAUUAAACUUAUAUCUUAAAUCAAUUGGAGUUAAAUUUGUCUGACCAAACAUAUUCGAACAAACAUAGAAUGCUGCGCAAAUAAAACAAUAUUUGUCCUUUGGGACCAGGAA